GAGGGGCGUGGUAAUGACCACGUGACGUCAUGCUUUUUGGAGAGCUUUUUAUGGACUAGAGUGGUUGCUCUUCUCUUGGCUAAGAAUACUAGGAAUAUGGCAGAGGGAGGUAGAAAAGAAGAAGAAAUAAAUCCUUUGUUUGGGGAAAGAUGUUUGGAUGACCCAGAGGAAGUGUUUCAGCACAAUUCAUGGGAUCAUAUAGAAUGGGACAAGGAUCAAUUGAGACAAGCUGAAGAAACCAUUAAAGUGAACUCUUCACAGAAACUUAGUGACGAAGAGCAAAGAGUCUUAAAGUCAAAUGUUAGUCAGAAAUGGGAUGAUUUUUACGAACGACACCAAACAAAGUUUUUCAAGGAUCGUCAGUGGCUGUUCAGGUUGUUCCCUGAGCUACUAGGGAAGGACACGCCUCAGUCACUCCUUGAGGUUGGAUGUGGAGUGGGUAACACUGUUUUCCCUUUAUUACAGACAAAGAGUAAUCUUUUCAUUCACUGUUGUGAUUUCUCUUCGACAGCAAUAGAAUUAGUGAAAGCUAAUCCACUUUAUGAUACACAAAAUUGUUCGGCAUUUGUUCACGACAUCGCAAGUGAUGACCCACUCCCCCUUCCUCCUAACAGCAUUGAUUUAAUAUCACUGAUAUUUGUCAUGUCAGCAAUUCCCUCUGAAAGAUUCAAAGUAGCAUUAUCUAAGCUAGUGAGUGUAUUAAAACCAGGCGGAAAGGUAUUGUUCAGAGACUAUGGGCGAUUGGAUCUUGCCCAGUUAAGGUUUAAAAAAGGGAAGUGUAUUGGUGAUGAUCAUUAUGUCCGUGAUGAUGGCACACUAAGUUAUUUCUUCACAGAAGAAGAGAUGGCAGAAUUAAUGGAAGGAAGUGGAUUAACAAAAGAAUUAUUACAUACAGAUAAGAGACUGAUAGUUAACAGAGGAAAACAACUUAAAAUGAAUCGCAUAUGGAUAAUAGCUAAAUACUGUAAACUAAAAUGACAACAGCAAAAUCAUUUUUUGAAUAUUUAUAAAUGAUUGAGUUUAAA